AUGGAUAAGGCAAAGCGAGUAGUCAGUGAGUUCCUUCACAAUGACGGAAAGCACAAGACAACCGUCGACCAAAACGUCCGAGAGGCUGUCACCAAUGAGCACGUUCGCCCGGAAAAACAUGAGCAUGUCACGGAGGCCGUCGAUAGAGAUGUUCACCAAGAGCAUCAUCAAACCCGCAUCCAGCCCGUGAAGGCCAAGGAAGUUCUCCCCGAGCAGCAUUCACACAAUGUCUUACCUGUCGAGGAGAAGACCGUCCGUCAUGGCAACCAUGACGAGGUGCGUCAGACCCUCGAGAGAGACGCUGCCCAGUAUAAGGAUACAUCGACUACACACAGUACUAAACAUUCAACCACCGCCAAUCCAACCAUGACGGGAGAACACGUUCACCAUCAUGUCCACGAACACAUCCAGCCAGUCAUCGAGAAAGAAACCAUCCAACCCCACGUUGUGCACACCACUGCACCUGUCCACGAGACCCACCACGCUGCGCCCGUUCAUCACGAGACUACAACGCUGCCUACAAAGACCAUGGAAGAAUUUACUCAAGGUGUGGGCAAGUCUGGACUGGGAGCAAAGGGCACUACCAAUGUCCUUCGAGAGUAUGAAGGUUGCCCACAGCCUCACAAGGAUACGCCUGGGGCCCAUCGCCUCAUCCACGGAGAAAGAGGAGGGGUUGGAGCCAGCACUGAAAGGUAUGGUGAGAAUCUCACCGACAACCGUGCUGGAUCAAAGACCCUCGGUGCUGCAUAUGGUGAGAAUCUACCAGCAUCGACUGGACAUGGUGCAUACGAAAACACACGCAACGACGCAUCCAUCGGCGGCAAUGCCACUCGGGCUUCUGAUCAGGGAAUAUCGGGGUUCAAUAGAACCAAUCCUAACACCGGCAGCGCUUUUGAGGAAAAUCUCUCUAGCAAGCAUAACUCAUCACUGGGUAACAUCACUCCCCCCAAGAAAAAUCAAUCAUCCGUUAAGGACAUUCUUCAUCCGCGCAGGGAUGCCGAUGGCGACGGAAAGGCCGGAAUGUUUGAUUAA